AUGGCAAAACUUCGGGGAGACGCAGCAGAGGCAGUUGGAGGCCGCGCUGGUGUCCGGGAGGCACGCGCUGGAGCUGCACUCUGGGCUGACGAGGUACAACAUCGACCUGAGGCAGAUGGUCCAGGUCAACCCCUCCACGGGCACGAGGCGGCAGGUGCGGGCUCCGCCCGCCGCACUCGAGGAGAGCUGCGACUCGCCCCCGCGGGAAGGGACCCCGACGCUGCCGCCGAGAAGCUCACCGCCCUUCUGCGCGGCAGCGAGGAGCGGCCGGCGCCCCUGGUGCUCCGGGUGCGCGCGGCGGGGGCUGCCAUCCCCUCGGCCGUGGGAGCGGCGCUGGCCGCCCAGGCCCAGGGCGCGGGCACCCUGCACGCCGUGCAGACCGGCCUCGCCGCCGCCCGCGGCGGGGCGCGGGCCGGCCCCGAGGUGGUCCUCCAGCUGCGGAGCACGGAGGCCGCGCGGCGGGCGAGGGCCGCGCGGUGGCGGUCGAUCGUCGACGGCGCCGCCGCCGCCGAGGGGGCCGCGAUGCCAAAGCCCAACCUGCUGCGGCUGAUGAAGGACUUCAGGCUCGUGGAGAGGGCGCUCCGGGAGCAGUCGCCAGUCCCCUCGUGCGGGCUGGUACAUUGCGAGCCGAUCGAGGACAGCCUGCUGGACUGGGAAGUCGGCAUGCGCUUCCCAGACGACUCGGUCUUGCAGAGGGGGCUCCAGCACCUGGCCGACCUGGGCCGGGACGCGGAGACCCACCUGACGCUGCGGGUCCGGUUCCCGCUCGGCUACCCGGCCAGCCCCCCAGAGGUGUGGGUGCAGCGCCCUCGACUCAUCCACAGGUCAGCGCCAGUCACCUUCGGAGGGAAAAUGUGCAACGAGCUCCUGUCCGUGGCAGGUUGGCGUCCAGAGUCCACGGCGUUGCAGGUGCUCGAGGGGGUCCAGCUGGGCUUCCUCUCGAGCGACACGCAGGUGGACUGCUCGGUGCCAUGGCGCGUGCCGUACCUGCGACCGCACCCGGUGCUGGAGCGGCUGAAGACCGAGCUGAUCUCGACGGAGAAUUAA